CUGGUUAUUAAACAGCUGUGUCCAGCCAAUCAGCCUGCAAGAAUUUGACUUCAGAGGUCAAUAAAGAUUCCUGACACCAUUAAUUUCAUUUUAUUAGAUGCCAUUGAAAUGCAUCAAUUCAUGCUUUGUCUUUGUCUUUUGAUGGAGAAAGGAAGAGAGACAGUUUUGAAGGCUCGUAAGUAGAUUUGAACAAAAGAGCAAGCAUUAGUUCAGCCUUGCAGGUGGGGAGACUGGGAAACUGAGGCCCAGAAAGAGGGGGACCUGGCCCUUGGCCUUGUCUGACAGCACUGCAUGCAGUUGGUGAAGCCAAGGACCUCAGAGAGUUUACCCCAAACCCAGUAUCCCUUAGCAGCUUUGCCCUGAUUUCUUGUCCCUUUAGGAGAUAAGGCCCUUGGGCACUGGAGCUCAUUUGUUCGGCAGCUCUGUGUUAAGCACCAAGGGAAAAAGUGUCCUGCUGCCUUUCUUCCACCAGCCAAGUUGGCCCCUGCUGAGAGUUUUAUUCCCACUACCUGAAGCAUAUCUGCUCCACCUUAAAAGACCGGGAAGUGGGGCGCCUGGGUGGCUCAGUCUGUGGAGCAUCCGACUUCAGCUCAGGUCAUGAUCUCACAUUUGAGCCUCGUGUCGGGCUCUGUGCUGACAGCUCGGAGCCUGGAGCCUGUUUCGGAUUCUGUGGCUCCCCCUCUCUCUGCCCCUCCCCCGCUCAUGCUCUGUCUCUCUCUCUCUCUCUCUCUGUCAAAAAUAAAUAAACAUUAAAAAAAAUUAAAAAAAAAAAAAAAAAGACUGGGAAGAGCCCUGGACUAGGACUAGGAGUCACAUGAUCUGUGAACCUGAGACCAACCACUAACCCAGGUUAGACGCCCCUGCGUGGACUUCCUGCAGUUCCCUCAGUUUACCAGCAUUCACAUUUUGUUGUUGUAGCUCAUUUAAUUAUCCUCCCCACCCAGUCCGACCUAUCUAGCUCACCAGCGUGUCCCCGGGCCUGGGACACAGCACCUGACACACAGUGGAUGCUUCGUGACGAUUCAAGAAUGAGUGGAUUCACCUCAGAUCUGCAAACCUUCUUCUGCAAGAUGGGCGUGAUCACUUGUUCGCUUUCUACCCCAUGUGGGGACAAGCGAGCUGACAUUUGUGGAAGAGCCGUAGGUGCUACAUGAACGUGGAGAGAGAGUUCCCGGCUCCCACAAUCAGCAGAAGAAGAUAUUUUUCCUGGGAGAUGGGCAAAAGCUGAAGGAUUGGCAUGACCAAGAAGCCAUCAGGAGGGACGCCCAGCGCGUAGGAAAUGGAGAACAAGGGAGACCUUACCCCAUGACCGAUGCUGAGCGAGUGGAUCAGGCCUACCGAGAAAAUGGAUUUAACAUUUACGUCAGCGAUAAAAUCUCCCUGAAUCGCUCUCUCCCUGAUAUUCGGCACCCAAACUGCAACAGCAAGCGCUACCUGGAGACACUCCCCAACACCAGCAUCAUCAUCCCCUUCCACAACGAGGGCUGGUCCUCCCUCCUCCGCACCGUCCACAGCGUGCUGAACCGCUCGCCCCCGGAGCUGAUCGCCGAGAUCGUGCUGGUUGAUGACUUCAGUGAUCGAGCUCUCCAAUUCUGUGACUUCAGGGAACGUGCUCAUCCAAGAAGACAGUGUGAACACUUGAAGAAGCCACUUGAAGACUAUAUGGCCCUCUUCCCCAGUGUGAGAAUUCUUCGAACCAAGAAGCGGGAAGGGCUGAUAAGGACCCGGAUGCUGGGGGCCUCUGCAGCAACUGGGGAUGUCAUCACAUUCUUAGACUCACACUGUGAAGCCAAUGUCAACUGGCUCCCCCCCUUGCUCGACCGCAUCGCCCGGAACCGCAAGACCAUUGUGUGCCCGAUGAUUGACGUGAUCGACCACGAUGACUUUCGGUACGAAACGCAGGCGGGCGAUGCCAUGCGGGGCGCCUUUGACUGGGAGAUGUACUAUAAGCGGAUACCAAUUCCUCCAGAACUUCAGAAAGCUGACCCAAGCGACCCAUUUGAGUCUCCCGUGAUGGCCGGUGGACUGUUCGCUGUGGAUCGGAAAUGGUUCUGGGAGUUGGGUGGGUACGACCCAGGCCUGGAGAUCUGGGGAGGGGAGCAGUAUGAAAUCUCAUUCAAGGUGUGGAUGUGUGGGGGCCGCAUGGAGGACAUUCCCUGCUCCAGGGUGGGCCAUAUCUACAGGAAAUAUGUACCCUACAAAGUCCCCGCUGGAGUCAGCCUGGCCCGGAACCUGAAACGAGUAGCCGAGGUGUGGAUGGACGAGUACGCCGAGCACAUUUACCAACGCCGGCCAGAGUACCGCCACCUGUCUGCUGGGGACGUCGCCGCCCAGAAGAAGCUCCGCAGCUCCCUUAACUGCAAGAGUUUCAAGUGGUUUAUGACCAAGAUCGCGUGGGACCUGCCCAAAUUUUACCCGCCGGUGGAGCCCCCGGCGGCAGCUUGGGGAGAGAUUCGCAACGUGGGCACAGGGCUGUGUGCUGACACGAAGCAUGGGGCCCUGGGCUCCCCGCUGAGGCUGGAGAGCUGUGUCCGGGGCCGUGGGGAGGCUGCCUGGAACAACAUGCAGGUGUUCACCUUCACCUGGAGAGAGGACAUCCGACCUGGAGACCCCCAACACACGAAGAAGUUCUGCUUUGACGCCAUCUCCAACACCAGCCCGGUCACCCUCUAUGACUGCCACAGCAUGAAGGGCAACCAGCUGUGGAAAUACCGCAAAGACAAGACCCUGUACCACCCCGUCAGCGGCAGUUGCAUGGACUGCAGUGAAAGUGACCACAGGAUCUUCAUGAACACCUGUAACCCCUCUUCUCUGACCCAGCAGUGGCUGUUUGAACACACCAACUCGACAGUCUUGGAAAAAUUCAACAGGAACUGAGCCCUGGUGUCUCAGCGGGCCUGGUGGGGUCCUCUCCUGGCGCUUCCGGCAGCCUUCCCCUCCCGAGGGAGGCAGGGCUUCCGUGGGCAGCGUGACGUGAAAGGCGCUGGCCAACAGGUCUAGGGCAGAGAGGGCUCUGACAGCUGUAGCAGGAGGCCCACCUGUUCCUUGAGGCCCAGUGGUAGCCGCGGGGUGGACAACAGACCCCACAUGAGGCCCCACAAAGAGCAGUGCCUGCUUUAAUCCCUGACGGCAUCAUGGAAAUCUAGGAGGGCCUUACCAACUUUGUCACCACGUUCCUUUGGGCAUUAUGUGGGAGAAAUGCCAAGGCAGCCCUAGGCCACCCGAAAAUGGGUCCUACAAGGUUAACUAGCCUUGAGAUGGCUCGUAUGUGACGGCCCUUUAGAAAGAGAAGCCCCUGUUGUCCGUCUGGGCACUUGUAGCACCUCUGCCGUCCGUCCGCUGCAGAAGGGGAGGGAGGGAGUCUUUCUUGGGGCCACUGGUUUCAGCCAUUUAGUUUCUGCCUGUCAUGGAGUAACUGAGUAACUGCAGUUACUGCCCGGCUUCUGUUCUGUCACAGCCCCAGGCGAUGCAUUCGAAGGCCAUACCUGGGCCCUCAGAGCAUCCGGUACUGAACACUGGCCAGCUGCCAGGCCUGGGGUCGGAAGCGGGACCCCUAGACGUUCCUUUGCCGCCAUGGGCACAUGGGAUGUCUCGCCUUGCUCUCUGGGCACAAGACAGCUCAGCCACCAGCUCUUCAGGGCUGGGUUUCAGAUGACUUGGGCCCAUGGAAAAGGCCUAGUAGAAGACCUCCAAACCGGAUAUUCUGGCUGAAUUUCCCUUAUCAGUGCUUCCAUUUUCCUCUUUCUCUCUUGGGCGAUUACCUGCCUCAAGAAAGGAGCAGAUGUGUGAAGUGCUCACCUCACAAAGUCUGGAGGCCUCCAAGGUGGACCGGGGGCGAAAUGCCCAGCCUCUGACCUCAUUGCGGCUCCAGUUCUCACAUAGAACUCUAGAAUUUUUAUAGAACUGUAUCAUUGGAUCACAAACUAGAACGCCACAUAGGAUUCUGGUAUUCUAGCAUCCAGUUGGGAUUUCUAGAAUGCUGCGAUUUAAAAGAGCCAGCCAAGUGUAAUAUAGUUAAGGCAUCCAGCCCCCAACCUAGAGACAAUCUUUGAAAUCGGAGGUUGGUGGUGUCGGGGGGGGGGAGGGGGUGGGUGACCCAUGUCCGUCAGCUCGUACCGGAGGCCUCGGUACGACACGGUCCACAGUGCAGACCCGAAGCCCUGCACCCUCCACCGCCUUCACAGCUGCAGUGGAGGAGGGUCCCACGAACAGGCAGACACCCAGCUCCAUGCCAGUCCCUCGUGUUUACCUUUUCCUUUGUUAAUUAUGUGUCGGACUCCCAGAGGGCUCCCAAGCUAAUAGGAAGCAUUUCUGUGACCAACCUGCCACCCACUGAUUCAGAAAUGGAAAUCGCAUUCUACAACCUAUGGCUCCCACCAGCUAGUCCAGGAAAUACUUGAAAUCAGUGUUCCAAUUAGAGCUGGGUCUCUCGAUUGUGUCAUUUACCAAUUAAAUGAGACAUUAAUCUGGGAACAGAGCCAUGAAUCUGCCUUUGAGAUGCUGGCUGAUCUCAAGGCCAUCAGUUAUCAGGGGCGGGGAGGCAGAUAAAACACUCCUAACCACCACCACCCCAAUUAAGCAUAUAGCUGGCAAAGCAUCACUUCCUCCACUUCUGCCCCCACACACACCCUGCCCUGGCCACCUGUCCCCAGGAGAGGUGGCCCCUGUGCGUGCAACAGCUUGCUUGAUCCCUUCUUGUUGAUCCCUCCGUGUCUUUUCCAAACGAGUGCCAUAUCUUUAGAAGUGGCCCUCCAUAGGAAGGAGUCCAAAGAUGAGGCCCCUUCUGGGAUCUAGGAGAACAAGAGUUGCAGUUUGGAGAACUGAGGGUUCAUCAUCAGAGAGCAAAGCAGCAUCAUUAAAAUAAAAACUGUGCCUUUUAAAAAGAAAAAAAUGCAAAUGUACAGCAAAUCCCUAAACUUGAACAAUUUCCUAGUGCCUUGCUAGACAAACAUAAAGGGGCAGGGUUGGGGGCGGGGGAGGGGAAACUUUCGUGGUAGUGUGUGCAGUUUCUGUUGGAUGAGUGUGUGUUUCUUAACUUCUGAUUUCAAGCAGGAGACGUUGGGCCUAGGGCAGGAUCUGGGAGGCGGAGAUGCCCCUCAAGGGCCAGAGGCUGGAGUUGUUCCAGUUCAUGGCAAGUAACCCUCCAAGUUAAAAGGGCAGCUGGACAACUCAUUUUGUCUGUGGCCUAGAAGGGCCUCAGCAACCCCUGGGAGAGGGCCCUGUUUGUAGACCAUGCCUGGAGUCCCCCACCCCAGCCCCCACACGGAGUGCAAUGCACUCGCUAGGUUUCCAGAUGUCCCAUUCCAAGUGGGUGACAGUGUCCUUGGCAAGACCGGGACUCCUGUGGAAAGCAGGUGCAGCAGCAAGCGGGCUUCAGCUUUCCUCCGUCCCAUUAUCUGCUUUUGCACCCUCAACUGGGGAUGGGCAGGUCCUCUGAGCAGCACUUGCUGAGCCCUCACCAGGAGGUGCUGGGACUCGGCAAAGUGUGUAAGAGGGGAAGGAAGAGGUUCACGGCUCAGCUGACCAACUGACUGAUUACAAAUACCACUGGUUGCUUUGGCCUCCUUUUUGAAAACCACCUGUCUCAGAGAUCCAGGUUCCUGCCCACACUGCCAGCCGAUGCUCAGUACAGCAGCCAGGACCUGUGGAGACGCUCUCAUCUGGGUCAUGGGUGAGAACGUGGGCCCCUUUGCCUCCCUUUAUUCUGAGCAUGAGGUCACAAAACAGGGUGCGGCCAGAAAGCAUCAUGACCGUGUGGCUCACCAGCAGCCUUUCCAGAGGGGGAACUCCGGAAACAUUUUGGAAUACAGAGAGCCUCUUUGCUGUAAAUACAAGGCCUUUGGAGGUGGCUAAAUGUUCAGGCACACGUGUGAAAAGCCAUUCUACCGUGUGCCUCCCCCUGGAGCUUUCAACUUUUAAAAUAGUCCAGGAACCACCCCUUUCUCCCCUUGUGGAAGAAUUAGUUCAGAGGCAGGGGGGGGGACUUCCUGGGGGGGGGGGGGGGGGGGUGACAUUAGGCCUAGGGGAGAAAGAGCAGUUCCUGUUGAAGAUGCGGCAUAUAGAUUCCCAAAGUGCACCCUAUAUUCACUUUCCAAACCUACCUGUCGAAUUUCUCUCUCUCCUUAAGAAAGAGAUGAUACCCUUGAAAACGGAUCCAUGUUUCUUUCCGUGUAUCUUCAUUUUUCUAGUCUCUGGAAUCUCAAAAGCGUGGCAAAGCACUUUACGGUAGUAACUGAGAAUUACUAUGACUGGGGAUUCCUUGCUUCAGUGGUCUCUGUGUGUACAGAUUGGGCGAUCUUUUAUAAUUCCUGGGAGGCAAUGCGUUUUUAAUGUUUUCUGAAGAUUUUUAAGCGUGGGAGAGGGGCAAGGAGUGCAGUCCAAUUCUGGAAUUCUUUUCUACUUUCCACCGAUGCUCUUUGUGAAAAUCGAAGUAAUAUUUCAGUUCAAACUUGAUCUUGAGCCAAGGCCAAGGCCCACUGCCGCCUCUGGGGUGGGUGUUGGACCUACAUCCCAAGUGACAAGGUCCUCUUAGCAUCUGCUCCCCAGAUGGCUUUGAUUCAGCCUCUCCAGACAACAGGGUUGAGCUCCUGCUCUGUUUUGGGCGUGAAGCCUGGGAUCCCAAAGGGACUACAGGCAGGGAAUAUUGAGAUGGCAGACUGGGAUUCUAAACAGAGAGCUCAAGACCACCAACCUCUCUUCUGCCCGGAAAAGUGAGCCUUUGUGAUGAACUGACUUACUGUGUACAAUUGUGAUUGUUGUUGAGUAAACCUCCAGACUUUCUCUAACGUGUUCUCUGGCUUAUUCUUGUCACGCACCAUUUUUCAGUCCGUCAUUCCCCACGUAUUCAGGGAGUGUCUGCUCAGUACCCAGGCCCUCUGCCAGGUACCAAACAAGUCCCCAACAGCUGUCCUUCUAGAGAGGAAGGUGGACCUCAACCAACCAACCAAGAUGACUCUAGAUGUGAGCAGGGCUAUGAAGAAUAUAAACCGAGAUGUCUCAGAGACUGGAUUGGGAGGCAACAUUAGGUAGGCCGGUCAGAGCGUGUCUCUGCGAGAGCCGAAAGACAUGAGGGAGUCUGAGCCAAGAGGCAGUUUGUGGGAGAGAGUUCCAGGCAAAGGGAGUCACGACUGCAAGAACCCUGAGCAGGAGGGAGUUUCCGUGUUGAAGGCACAGGAGGUGAGCUCACAGGGUUAGGUGGGGUAGCCCACAAAGGGUCUGACAGACUACAGCCAGGAAUGGAAGAUUUCAGGGGGGCAGGACAAGGUGAAAUGGCUUUAUUUCUGACGCUCACCCAUCAGCCACAGGUGUCUACCUACCAAAAUAUUACGAUGCUUUUGAAUAUUAGAUUUGUAUCAUUUGUGUAAUACCACAUUCUAGAAACAGCAUUGGCUGGCCUGGCUCUGCAGAUCCUGCCCCCUAUCUAGACCUCAGUUUUCUGCUGUAAAAUGGCCAGUUUUUGGAUGAUCCUUCCAGCCCCACCUCUGGUUCCCUGGUUGAAACUUAGUGUAGGACUACCGGUGACCGCCAGCCCAAGCUGCCUGCUGAUGCUGUCACUCAGAGCCCACCAGAGGGCGCUGUGCACCACGGCUUGGAAAAGGCAGAUUAAGGGGGUGGAAAUCUGUUCACUGGCCUUCUGAGCCCUGGAACCAAAAGAUGGAUAUUGUUAAUUUUCUUCUAAAAUUUUAAUGGUUUCUUUAAAAAGAUUAAAUUCUUUUACUAGGGACAGAGGAAGAGAGGGAAGAAGAUUCCAGGUGCAGGGGCUGCAUGUGCUAAGACCCUGUGGAGGGAACAUGACAGGUAUGAAGGUCAGUGAGGUGGGAGCAGAGGGAGUGAGAAAAAAGAGACAAGAAGGAAAGGGUGGGCAGAAGCCAGACUCUGCAGGGUCUUGUAGGCCAUGUUAAGGCGUCCCUGAGCUUUAUUUUUAAAGCAGUAGGGACCAUUGGAGGGUUUUAAACUGGGCAGGGUGAGAGCAUCAGAUGUGCCCUCAACUGAUGUUUAUAGACAGGAAUGACUUUCUCGAGCUGCUGGGCACAUAGUUGGCACCUCGGGCCUGCAGAGUGAAAACUCCAGGGCAGCUGGCCCUCAGUUGCCUUCUCGAAAUCACUGAUUCCUGGGAGGAAAGGUCCUUCCCCACUGGGACAGGUGGGAGGAUGGGGGGAAUUAACAUGUCUCAUCCGUUCUAGCUCCUCAGCUCCCAAGCCCGCGAGCAAGGGUAGAAUCCAAGGUAUCUAAAGCACUUAGCUGGACACACAGUGGGAGCUCUGUCAGUGGUUGGUGGCAUACUUGUUCGGGAGCAGAGGCGGAGAAUUUGGCAAUUUGCCAACAAUUUUGGAUUCUCUCUCUCUGUACUUAGUUGGAAUUGGGGAUUGGGGGCUCCUGGCACUGAGUAAAGGCUCAAUGAGUAUUUGAAGAAUGGACAAACGGGUGAAGAAUACAGCUUCAGAUUACACUUUAGGCUUUUAUUUCCUCCACUCACAGCCCACAGGCCUUCUGAGAGAGAGUGCUCCUGUAUCCUUUACACGCUGUGUGUUCUUGAGAAAGUCCCUUCCCCUCCCUAGGCCUCAGAUUUUCCAUGACAAUGGGGAGAAGGGGAGCAAAGUAGAUAAUGGUCAGCCCGUACUCUUACAGUUGUACAAAUCCUGCAUCUGGUAUUUUGCAGUAGACCUGAGGUUGUUAGGGAUUUAUUUUCCAAGCUAACCUAGGGGAUAGGAGUGGGGCCCCCUUUCAGUUCUGUUGGUGUCUCCCACCCUACGGCUUCUGGGCUAUUGCUGAAGUGGGUCCAGGAUUCAGUAUCCAGAGCUCCCUUCCUGCAGCUGCUUACAGCUCUGCUAACCUCUGGCCACGGGCAUCCGUUUCCUCUUUGUUCACCCUCAGUGCCUGGGCUGCCUGGCUUGGUGAUCCUCGGGCCCAUGAAGGUGCCCCAGGGAAGUCUGCAAUCCUUACCUUCCAAUCUGACUUGCUUCAGAGCUGGCAGGGUGACGACCCUUGGUGUGCAUGCACGCACGCAUACACACACACACACACACACACACACACACAC